UUCCGGUGUCCGUCCGUCUGCUGGAGGAUGGCGUCCGGCUUCGACCGCAUCCCCUCCGCCGCCGCCGGUCUGAGAACCGAAAACACCCACGGUUACCGAGCGCAAACCAGAGACUGCGACAAGGAGCGUCGAUAAGCAACUACGGGUUUCUCCAGACAUUGAGGGAUCCAUUACAGACUUUCCUGCAGCUGCAUCCAUCCUUGUGUCAAAUUUGGGAUAUCCUCCCUGCAUCCAGGAUGACGGAGGCAUGGCAGCAGCAGCAGCAGCAGCAUGCAGUGGCUCCACCCUCUGUUGUGCACACUCUCCCUCAGGCAGGCGACAACUCUCUGAGCUGCACCGUGUACGGUGUCGUCCUGCAGCCGGACGCCUCCCUGCAGCAGCCGCAGCAUCCGCAGCAGCACGUCGUCCAAGCGCAGCAGGCCUCCUUGCAGGUAGGGGCCGACAGAGGGCAUAAAUGCGGAGCCUGUGGCCACGACAUUUCCCACCUGGCCAACCCACACGAGCACCAGUGCAUGGUGACGCAGGACCGCUCGUUCCAGUGCACGCAGUGUAUGAAGAUCUUCAGCCAGGCGACCGACUUGUUGGAGCACCAGUGCGUUCAGGUGGAGCAGAAGCCGUUCGUGUGCGGCGUCUGCAAAAUGGGCUUCUCGUUGCUUACCUCGCUGGCACAGCAUCACAACUCGCACGGUAACAACCCGAUGAAGUGCUCCAUCUGCGAGAAGACGUACCGGCCGGGCUCCGGGAACGUCACGCCCACCUCGUCCGCCGCCAACCCCCAGCAGCCCUCCAGCGGCGAGACUUCCGGCGGUGGCGCAGUUAUCAGUGCCGCCUCACCGCCAACGUUCGAGGCAUCCGCGCCCGACCGGCCAUACAAGUGCUCCGUGUGCCACAAGUCCUUUCGCCAUCUGUCGGAGCUAACGCGCCACGAGCGGAUACACACAGGGGAGAAGCCGUACAAAUGUGACACGUGCGACAAAAGCUUCAGCCAGUCAUCGCAUCUGGCGCACCACCAGCGCACGCACAGCUCCGAGCGGCCGUACAAGUGCGCCGUGUGCGAGAAGAGCUUCAAGCACCGCUCCCACCUGGUGCGGCACAUGUACGCGCAUUCGGGCGAGCACCUGUUCAAGUGCAAUUUAUGCGAGAUGCACUUCAAAGAGUCGUCGGAGCUCCUGCACCACCAGUGCCAGCCGGAGAGCGAGAGGCCAUUCCGCUGCGGCUCGUGCGGGAAGAGCUUCAAGCGGCCGUCCGACCUGCGGCAGCACGAGCGCACGCACUCUGAGGAGCGGCCUUUCCAAUGCGACGAGUGCCAGAUGAGCUUCAAGCAGCAGUACGCGCUGGUGCGCCACCGCCGCACGCACAAGAACCCCGCCGACCGGCCGUUCAAGUGCAACCUCUGCGACAAGGGCUUCCUGCAGCCGUCGCAUCUGCUCUACCACCAGCAGGUCCACGGCAUGGAGUCGCUCUUCAAAUGUGCGUCCUGCCAGAAGUCCUUCAGCCAGUCGGGGGAGCUGUUGCGGCAUAAAUGUGGCGGUGAGGUGGAAAAGCCUUACAAAUGCGACGUGUGCGGCAAAGGUUACAAAAAGAAUUCCACACUGCAGCGGCACCAAAGCACUCACUGCACGGAGAAGCCGCUCAAGUGCUCUCUGUGCGACAAGCGCUUCGUGUCGUCGUCCGAGUUCGUCCAACACCGCUGCGACCCGACGCGGGAGAAGCCGCUGAAGUGCCCCGACUGCGAGAAGCGCUUCAGGUACUCCUCAGAGCUGCAGCGGCACCGCCGCGUCCACACGGGUGAGAAGCCUUUCAAAUGCGCCAACUGUGACAAGAGCUUCAAGCAGCGGGAGCACCUGGCCAAGCACCAGAGCGUGCAUUCACGGGAGACGCAGUUUAAAUGCGUGUGGUGUGGCGAGCGCUUUGUCGACCUCACGGCGCUGCAGGAGCACACGGUGCAGCACACAGCGGAGAACGAGAACUUCCCCGAAGCGCCGUGCAUCCAAUGAACUCCGAAAACACUCCCAGUGACUCCUGCUUGUGGUGAAUCCAAGACAUAGAGGGGGGAAUCGUACGACGGCGCAUUAGGGCCAUCGUAGAUAGGGGAAAAAAGGAAUGGAUUUCUGCCCAAAAAACAAAAUAUUUUAAAAUUAAUAUCAGAAAUGUUCUAGAAAAAAAUUGAAAAUUUUUGAGCUCCAAAACUUGAAAGUUUGAGAGAAAAAACUCAGAAAUUUGAGAAAAACACUGAAAUGUCUAAACUCAAAAUUGAAAAUUUGCAGGCAGAAACUCAAAAAUUUUAAUCUCAGAAAUUUUCAAGGAAAAAAAAUUUCACCUGUUUCACUCCAAAAGUUGAAAAUUUGCUAGAAAAGAAAACUUUUAGAUUAGUCUCAAGAUUUUUCUAGGACAAACUCGGUCAAAAAUUUGCAAAAGAAAAAAAACCUUAAAAAUUUUAAGAUUAAGCUCAGAAAUCUUUUAGAAAAACACUUUGAAAUUUCUGGCCUCAUAGUUGAAAAUUUGCAAGCAAAAACUCAAAAUGUUGAACUUUAGCUCAGAAAUUUUCAAGAAAAAACUCAGUAACUUUGAGGAAAAUCUCAUUUUUUGUAGAACAAACUUGUACACUUCCAAGCUCAAAGACAAAAAUUAGCAAAAAAAACAAACAAAACAGCUCAACAUUUGACUUUCAAAGCUCUGAAAUUAUUAGGUGUUUUUUUAUUUUUACAAAAUUCCAUCUCCAUUGUCCCUCAGACGCCGCUGUAGGGAGUCGGGAUCCCUCUUCUAUUUGAAGAACAAAAACUAGAGCAGAAAGAAAUGGAUGUGAACGUUGGAGCGCGGGACGGUUUUCUCUGUAAAGUCUGGGACCGUAGUCUGUGGUUGCAUGUGGUUGUUUGUUCCGUAACCGUUGUUGAGAAAGAUGGCUCUCGUUUCCAGACAGUCAUCCCAUUUGUGUCGACUCCUCUUCAGUCCAUGUGCCUUUUUAUUAUUCUUAUUAUUGUUAUUGUUAUUAUUAGUUUUUAUUCUUUCUGCUCACUCGUUUUUGUUUUUAUUUAACGUCCGGUGAAGCUGAAAGCGAACACGUCAGUAGAACGUAGAUCCAUCCAUUUGUGCAUGGAUUCUUCUCCCACAUUAGUAUUACUGUUGUAUGAUAGCUUUGCUUUAUUUAGGACAUCCUCAGAGGAAGAAGAAGAAGAAGAAGAAAAGACUUCAUAUGGAUUUGUGAAAGUGUACAGCCCGUCUCCUAUAAAAUCUGUGUUGUUGCAUCUUUGUAUUAAAACAAGCGACAUGUAGGUAACUAACCCGCGUACCUAUUGUGUCGUAGAAACACUUGACUUGUGCAAUAGGACAUGCACAGUGUAAUAUUUAUGACUACUGAUUCAUGGAAUAGUCUACUCUGUUAUAUUAUAGAUUGUGUGUAUACGCAAUGUAAACUCUGAUAACUGUAUAGUGCUUAUGUUACCUGCUUUUUUAUUCACUCUGAAUGAGCUUCAUUUCCACCGGAAAUAUCACAAGUUUUAACCCCACGAAGCAUUAUGUUGCUCACUUGCCACAGAUGUAGUUGCAUUAGUUUUAGAUAUAACAAAAGUUAUUAUUAUUAUUAUUAUUAUUAUUGAGUAUUGUUAUUUGUUUUUAAGAAUUGGCCUUGUAUUGUUUCCACUGAAUCCUAGCCUCCUCCUGAUCCAACAGGACUUAAAAAUCUGAGUAAAACUUG